CCGGAGCCGACGGCAUGUGGGCCUACGGCGUCCUCCGAGCAGCCUUUGGCUCUCGGGGGGCUUCUCCCAGGGGGAUCCCCUCCGCGCCGGCCGAGGAAGCGGGAUCCUGCCGGAAAAAAGUAACUUUGGAGUUGCUGGAUCACUUGGAGCGUCUGGCGCUCGUUGACUUUCGUAAUUGGGAGGGUGUGGAUCGUUUGGAGAAAGCAAUUGGAUUUGCUGAGCAGCUUCAUACUGUUAAUACGGACGGAGUGGAGCCGAUGGAUUCAGUACUGGAAGACAGGCAGCUGUAUCUCAGGGAAGAUAAUAUUACAGAAGGCAACUGUGCAGAGGAGCUACUGAAGAACGCUAAGCAGAUGGUGGAAGAAUAUUUUGUAGCUCCACCAGGUAACAUCCCUUUACCAAAGCUGGAAGACAGAGAGACGUUUCUGCGGAGGGAAGAAUCCUUAGCAGAAGAACCUACUCCAUAUGCCACCACUGACUUUUUUAGUACCUAGAAUCCAGGCUAUGCAUCUGCACCUGGAAUUAAAUCUUUCAUCACAUCCUUCUGCAACUUCCAUUUUCUUUGUCUGAAAUGACUGCCAUUGACAUACUGCCUUGGUUUAGUCUAUUGCAUCUUAAGAACUGUUCUUGAACAUAUUAUCUGUGGGUUGAAUCUAAUUAUUCAUGGAGUAGACCUACUGAAAUCAAUGGAACUCCCAUUGACUUAAAUAGAUCUGAUUAAAGCUGCAUCCAACUCUGUUUACAACUCCAGAUGAGGGCAACAUUCCAGACCAAAGUUAAGCCUGCUGUACUUAAAAUCGUGCCGUUUUCAGUGGGGCUUGGAUGUACCUGUGUGUGAUUGUGGCUAAAACAUUUUAAUUACCUUCACAGAAAAGAAAAGCACACCUUCAAUUUUAAAGAAGCUACGAAUCUGGAUCUGGAACGGGUGGGCAACUAAUAGGCCAAAACUCCAAACCUCACCAGUCUCUUAAACUGUAAAUUAAACAGCGAGCACAUUGCAAGACCACUUGCUUGGCCCUGUGGUGUGCUGUGACAAACAGAUUGAAAUAAAUGUUGGAAGCAGGCUCUCAUGGACCUGCAGCAUCCUUGAAGGUGCCCAAUGAGAGAGGGCGAGAGGAGAGUAUUUUGCCACAAGGUUGUGUCACUAAGGCAGGGGUGUCAAUCCUCUUUCAGCCUGAGGGCCAAAUUCAAUUUGGGAGACGCUCUUGAGCUCUCAGCCUAUAUUCCAGUGAUGGGUGGGGCCACAGGCAAAAGCUGGUGGGGGCACACAAACAAAACCAGCAUAUUUGAAUGUAAACCUUUUAGAACGGGGGGGGAAUUGAAAAAGCUGAGAAAACACCAAACAAUGAACGAUUGGGGGAAAGGGGUGUUGUCAUGGGCCCUGCACUCAUGCCUAGCUCAGGAUAGACUUAAAAUGGAGGGAUGCCGAUCUCUAGCACUUUUUUCCUACCCAGAUUGAAAGACUCACUGAGCUGGUCCACAUCUGCCAAGAUAUGGAGAAACAAUGGUAUCAAUACUACCCCUACUGCUGUGCAGCAAUAAAUGCUGUGAAUGUUUUAUUUUUCUCCUCUACUCAAGAAUCCUGUAUGUAUGUGAAAAUUCAUCAUGAAAUGAUAGCUUUCACAGAACAGUGUGUUGUGAGUGCUUCACAGAUCAAUAAACAUGUAAACAAGGACCCAGCAUUUUAAUAACUACACAAAAGUGUGAGAAACACAGCAAAUUAGUAAAAUGUGGAAGUUCUCGUAAAUUGUGGAAUUUCUCAUAAUUGACAUGUUGCUUUUUUUGUAGGAUGUUGCUGCUUAGUUAUUUCAUGAGACCUGGUGCAAAACACCCUGCAAGACGACUGAAGUAGAUUAUUCAUAUUUGGCUCUGUAUGAAAAAUAAAAAAGCCAGUGCA